GACCGGUCCUCUAACACGCGAAAGACCUUUUCAUAUCAACAUGUCUCGCCAUCUUAGGUCGAUUUGAUGUAAGACAACGUGUUAACUGUUUACUCUUAUUUGUCGUGAAAAAAAUGUUUUUUACAUUACAUAUACAUUGCUGUGUAUGAAACAAGCGCCCACGCGCUGUUCUAUCAAUGGCAGAUCACGAUAAUAUGUUCGAGGAUGAGGAGCUGGUGUCAACAAAUACGAAUCAAAGGAACUGGCGUGGAAUUUUAAUAGCUCUACUCGUCAUUAUCGCCGUUCUAGCUCUUAUUGUAACAUCGGUCGCGCUUCUGACACCACCAGAUGAUAGUACACGAAUCAAAGGGGAUCCAUUAACAUUCAGACAGUUGGUGAAGGAUUAUUUGUUACCUAAGUUCUUUAACGGUACUUGGGUCAGCAAUCAACAAAUAUGCUAUGGAGAUUUUUCUGCUGGUGUUUCAUUAUUGGAUGUCUCUGAUCCCAAUAGAAGCGCGCGUAUUUUGAUGCCAAAGGAGAUAGUCGGCAGCUUAAAUCCAGCAAAGUUUUUUCUCUCGCCAGAUCAUAGAUACUUAUUACUAGCUCAAAAUAUUAAAGAGUUGUUUCGAUAUUCAUAUUGGGCCCAAUAUACAAUUUACGAUGUGAACACGCAUGAAACAAUACCAUUGACCACAUAUCCUGAAAAAGAUCCUCAUCCGUACCUAAUGAUGGUAAAAUGGACUCCUCGUGGUCAUGGUAUCAUAAUAAUCCAAGAUUAUGAUAUUUACUACAAAACUGGUCCUUUAAGUAAUACGGCGUAUCGAGUGACCGACACUGCAAUUCCUGGUAUUUUAUCAAAUGGAUUACCUGAUUGGAUUUAUGAAGAAGAAGUUUUACAUAGUGCGGAAGCUGUAUGGCUAACAGAAGAUGGCCACUUGAUGCUAUAUGCUGCUUUCAAUGAUUCGCUUGUAAAGGAAGUACAUAAUGUUAAAUUUGGAGAUGACCAAUAUCCUACAAUGAGACAUUUGCGGUAUCCCAAGCCAGGGACACCUAAUCCUACGGUACAUCUUUAUGUUGCUGAUCUUGCUGAUCCAAAAAAUAUUCAUACGAAGGCAGUCAAGCCGCCAUCACUCAUCCUCGAGCAUGUAGAUUAUUACUUUACAACAGCUUCUUGGAUUUCAUUAACAGAAGUGUGCAUAACAUGGACAACACGUCAACAAAAUAUUUCUAUUAUAUCAGUUUGUAAAAGCCCGCUUUGGUACUGUCAGGAAAUACAAAGGAUAGAAAGUGAAGGUAAAGGUUGGGUCGACACUCCUGCUGAAGCACCCAUAUUCUCAUCUAAUGGAAGUAGUUACGUCACAAUUUCUCCUGUCCGAAGUGGGUCUUCGGGAUUCUACAAACAUAUAGUCUGGGUAAAUGUCCUCAAAAAACAAGUAGUACCUUUAACACAUGGGAAGUUUGAGGUUGUCAAGAUACUUGCAUGGCAACAAAACAAUGAAACAAUAUAUUUCAUUGGCAUUCCACCUUCGCAUCCGGGACAGCGACAUCUAUAUCGCGUUAGCUCUGUGCUGCAAGCAGGUGGUAAGUUGCAUUCGGCAGUUUGUAUCACAUGUACAGACUCUUCUAAGACGGAGAACCGGUACACACUUGCGGAAAGUCAGAAUAAUGUCUACCAGGCAGGACUUAAUGACGGUUGGACCGAUAAGAAUAACUGGAAUGGUCAGGACGAAGGUGAUAAAAAGAUGCAAGAAACAUCACUGGAUAAACAGACUACUGAUAGAGACAACAAUAAUAAGGUGCAAAAUGAAUCAAAAGUUCCGGUUACCUGUCAAUAUCACAACGCUAUAUUUUCGCCGAGUUACGAAUUCUUUGUGCUGGAAUGUCGAGGCCCAGGUAUUCCUUCAGUUUCCAUAUAUAAAACUGAAAUGCCAGCGCCACGCUUCAUUGCUUUACUUGAAAAUAAUUCAAGAAUUCAUGAAAGAGUAGCUGAAGUAGCUCUUCCACAAAUGAAAACAUUCCCCGUUCAAAUAAGUGGCGGAUAUGAUGCUCAGGUGAGGCUUCAUCUGCCACCAGGACUGAGGGACGAAGAAAUUACUCGGUACCCAAUGGUUGUUCAAGUGAAUGGCGCACCUGGGUCGCAGUCAGUAAGUGACAUGUUCAAAAUUGAUUGGGGAACUGUUUUGGCAAGUGAAAGAAAUAUGAUAGUCGUCGAAAUCGAUGGCCGAGGUAGCGGUGGUCAAGGUUACGAAUUGAUGCACGAAGUUUACCACCGACUGGGAACAGUAGAAGUCGCCGAUCAGCUGGAAGUUACAGAGUAUCUCCGAGACUCAUUGCACUUCGUAGACAAGCGGCGCGUUGCCAUUUGGGGAUGGAGUUAUGGCGGUUUCGUAGCUGCACAUGCUUUAGCCUACCCGGAUCAAGAUGUCUUUAACUGUGGAAUUAGUGUAGCUCCAAUUGUAAACUGGGAGUUGUAUAAUUCCGUGUAUUCAGAGAAAUACCUGGGUCUUUUGAACAAAUCAGACGCUAAUUUCAAAGGAUACCAAGAUGCUAACCUCUGCAAUAAGUUCAACUCAUUAAGUGAAAAGCAGUCGGAAAAACAGCGAAAUCCUGUGAAGCAAAGAAAAAAGAAACAGAAAAAAAUGUUUUAUUUAGUUCAUGGAACGGCUGAUAAUAAUGUUCAGUUUCAACAUUCUAUGGCUCUCGCUCGACACCUAGCCAACAAGGAUAUCUUGUUCCAGCAGCAGGUACACGUUCAAUUAAAGUUAAUAGUUCUACGAAUUCAGUGCGAAAAAUCAUGUCGGUUCCUCUUUAAAAUUGGAUGUUAG